ACGUUUCCGAUUAAUCAGAAAAUUAGAGGAGGUGUACCACUACAAUAUUGUGCACCGCCAGUACAGCGGAUCACUUCAAUCACGAUACCAAACUUCUCUCUCCGUUUCAUCUCAUAUCUCAAUUCUCAAGUUCGCGACUGAUUUCAGGUGUGCUGAUCGUUCAUCCGUUCUCGUUUAUUUUUUGAACAUUGGCGUGAAUUUAAUCAACAGUCAUUGCAGAAAAUGCAGGCAUCAAGAGCUAGGCUGUUUAAGGAAUUCAAAGAAGUGCAGAGAGAGAAAGUAGCUGAUCCUGAUAUCCAACUCGUAUGUGAUGAUUCAAACAUAUUUAAGUGGACGGCUCUUAUAAAGGGACCGUCAGAAACUCCGUUUGACGGUGGAAUUUUCCAGCUUGCUUUUUCUGUGCCUGAGCAGUAUCCAUUACAGCCCCCUCAAGUUAGGUUCUUAACGAAAAUAUUCCAUCCAAAUGUACAUUUCAAGACAGGUGAGAUUUGCCUUGAUAUCUUGAAAAAUGCAUGGAGUCCGGCUUGGACCCUGCAAUCAGUUUGUAGGGCCAUAAUUGCAUUGAUGGCUCAUCCAGAGCCUGAUAGCCCACUCAACUGUGAUUCAGGCAACCUUCUCCGGGCAGGCGAUAUCAGAGGGUACCAGUCCAUGGCCAGGAUGUAUACCAGACUUGCUGCCAUGCCCAAGAAGGGCUAAAAACCCUUCGGCUGCUAUUUGCUCAUGGAUGUAGUAACGCAUUGCUGUACAAUUAUAUUAAAUAUGGAUUAUGUGAAUUAUUUUUUCAGCGACUGGUAUCAACUGUUGAAACAUAUAUUUGUAAUAAAACUUCAUUCUUUUUUCUGUUGUUUGAUGAUAAUGAUCAGUUUGGACCUUUUAUUU